CGACGGAAGGAAUCGGCACAUGGCAGCGAUGUGCGGUUGUUAACCGUCCUGAAGGAGAGGGGGCGGAUCGGCGCCGACGUGCAGACUUUCGGACCGCGAUAGAGGGGGGACUCCGCUGUCAGACGCCGAGAUGAACUGCCGCUCCGGUGCCGUCGUGAUUGGAUGACAGCCACUCCCUCCUCUUUGCCACCAACUAUCCUGCUCUGAAAGUAGCAAGAUACUGAAGGCUGAUAUACGUCUGUCAGCCAGGGUGCCGAGGAGCAGUGCCUGCUAACCUUGAGGACCCUAUGGUUGAGGUUUGGAGAAGGCUAUCCUGUCGAAUUCCGGGGGACAGUGUCUGAAACAGGCCCCACCCCACCCUACAGAUUUACACUACCAGCAUAAACACGCACACACACAUCUUGCCAGGCUCUCGAACCUGCAGCCAUGGCGGAUGCAAUUCAGAUGCACUUCACCAUCGUGGAUUACGUGAUCUUCGCCAUCCUCCUGGUGGCUUCAGUGGGCAUCGGACUCUUCUACGCCUUCUCCGGGGGGCGCCAGCGCACCACGCAGGAGUUCCUGUUGGCCGAUCGCAGCAUGAGCUGCCUGCCAGUCUCGCUCUCCCUGCUGGCCACCUUCCAGUCAGCUGUAGCCAUUCUGGGCGCCCCCUCGGAGAUCUAUGCCAAUGGAACACAGUACUGGUUUCUGGGCUGUUCCUACUUGCUGGGUCUUCUCAUCCCAGCCCACGUCUUCAUCCCUGUCUUCUACAGGCUCCGCCUCACCAGUGCCUAUCAGUAUCUUGAGCUGCGUUUCAACAAAGCCGUGCGGAUCUGUGGCACUGUGACCUUCAUCUUUCAGAUGGUGGUCUACAUGGGUGUGGUCCUGUACGCCCCCGCGCUGGCCCUUAAUGCAGUUACUGGAUUUCACCUCUGGGGGGCAGUGCUGGCCAUGGGUCUUGUUUGUACUCUAUACACAACACUGGGGGGGUUGAAGGCCGUGAUCUGGACGGAUGUGUUCCAGACUGUGGUUAUGUUCGCGGGCCAGCUGGCGGUCAUAGUGGUGGGGGCCCAUCAGGCUGGGGGCAUCGCUGAGGUCUGGAGGAAGGCUCAGAAUGGGAGCCGCAUAGCUGGCUUGGAUCUGAACCCUGACCCUCUGGAGAGGCACACCUUCUGGACCCUGGGAGUGGGUGGGAUCUUCCUCAUGCUGGCCCUGUAUGGGGUGAACCAGGCCCAAGUGCAAAGAUACCUCAGCUCCCGCACUGAGAAGGAGGCUGUCAUGUCCUGCUAUAUGGUCUUUCCCUGCCAGCAGAUUGUCCUGGCGAUGGGCUGCCUCAUGGGUCUGGUGAUGUUUGCUCGUUAUGGUGACGACAGCCCCUUGGACAAGGGCUACGUUUUCUCAAACGACCAGAUGGUGCUAUAUUUUGUGAUGGACGUGCUACAAGAUCUGCCAGGCCUGCCUGGUCUCUUCGUCGCCUGCUUGUUCAGUGGAGCCCUCAGCACAAUCUCGUCUGCCUUCAAUUCCCUGGCCACGGUGACCAUGGAGGACCUGAUAAAGCCCCACUUCCCCACGAUGACGGAGACCAGGGCGACGCUGCUGUCCAAGGGUCUCGCUUUGUCCUAUGGGCUAGUGUGUCUUGCCAUGGCGUACAUAGCCUCCCAGAUGGGAUCUGUACUGCAGGCGGCACUCAGUAUUUUUGGGAUGGUAGGGGGUCCCCUUCUCGGCCUUUUCUGCCUUGGAAUGUUCUUCCCAUGGGCAAACUCUGCGGGUGCCAUAACUGGGUUGGUGGCAGGUCUGGUCAUGGCCUUCUGGAUCGGGAUCGGCAGCUUCAUGUCCCGCUUCCAGCUACCCCCUUCACCAACUCUUGUGCCUGGCACCGGCAAUCUCACCUCUAUCGUCACUGCUGUCACAGCGAAAUCCAGGCCGACAGGUCUUCGGGCUUUAUACUCUCUGUCGUACAUGUGGUACAGCGUGCACAACUCCACCACCGUGAUUGUGGUUGGCCUGAUCGUCAGCCUGCUCACGGGUCCCAUGAAGGAGAAGGAUGUUACUCCUGGCACUGUGUACCCUGUGCUGGGUAAUCUGCUCUUCUUCCUGCCCGAACGCUACAAGGACAGGCUGUGUUGCGCAACACCGCUGCAGCCGAGGUCACCGCCUGUACAGUCGAAGGCAAUAGAUACAAAGCCUUACCAGAUGGGCCAAAAGGAGAGCAAUGGAAGGAUCUACCACAAGGAGGGAGACAGGAUUGAGGAGGAAGAAGAGUUGUCGAAGGAGGAGACUACCAUUUCUACCUGCGACAUAACCCACAAUGUUCUAGAGACAGCAUUGUAAUACCACCCCCAACACCCCCCCCCCCAACCUACCUAUGUAAAUGUUCUGGCAAACAUGCUGAGCUCCUCUACCCUUCCUGGUGAUGGGGAGGGGUCUAGGAAAACCAUUGUCAUCUGCACAUGAAACACAGUUCAUUAGGACCACAGACUGUACACUAUUCUACAACCUGGCCAAACUCUAAAGCCACACUGUAGGGCGGCCAAUUGUCUGCAUGUACUGUGAUUAAAAAAAAAGACAGCCAAUCAUGUUUGGGCUAUGGAGACACCCUACGGUUGUCCGUGGGGAGUUAAAAUGCACACUGGUACGAGUGCUGUUGUCACCAAUAUUUGCAUACCGUCUUUGUAAUUCAUGAAUACGCAUCAAUCACUGUGAGGGAAAAUUGAAUUAGUUCUAGAACUCCACUGUAAAAGAUCCUAGACCUUAAACUUCAUGCAAGUUGUUGGCAUGAAUCUACCGAAGAACUGCGUUGUAGUUGGAAGCAUCAACUAUGAACACAAUGAUUUAAAAAAAAAAAAUAAAAAAUGUUCUGAGAUGUGCCAUUUAUGAGCAAACUCCAGUGUGUGAAAACUGGGAAAACGCUGUGGAGGAACAUGCUUUGCUUUAGCUUCAUAGAUUCUGGGAUAAACAAAGCUGAUUUAGUCUGGACCUUCAACGACCCCGUUUUGAAAAGGUUCCUCAGGGGUUAGGAGUUCCACGUGGUUAGCAGAGAGCAAAGAUUGUGUUAGACAUAGGGUCACCGUGGGCUUGGCUUAAUACUGGCUACUGGUGUCCCCUGUAUGGUUAAUGGAAGGAACUGGAGUUCCCAGUAUGACUAGGGUCGGGUUUGGUCUGGGGUCUUUGUUGUUGAGUGCCUCUCUGACCUAAUCUUAAAUGUUUUCAUUUUGAUGACCGUGAUGUGGACAUUACAUCAGGGUCAUCAAAGGGGAGAAACACGACUGCCCAUGUGAAAGUUUGAAUAUCUUGUUUGUGUGAAUUAUCUACAUCCAGCAGUCCUGCAAAGUACAGAGUUCAUCAGUGCCUGGCCCUGACACUGAGUAGCUGUACCGGUUUAAACUGCCUAUGUAAUGAUGUUUUGCGUGGUUUGUAGAAGAACGUGUGUAUGUCUGAUGGUUUCCUUUAAUUUCAUGAAGCGUUCCGUGAAAACGACUCUUUUGAGCGUUUUUGUGUGUGUUACAUCUGUGUGUUUAUAAGAAACCAUCAUUUUAAACGUCAAACUCGUGCUUUUUAAUAGACUUGUCUUUAUUUUUGCGAUAUAUUGGUGUAAUUGAGUAAUUGUGUUAGAUAUCGUGUAAGUUGAAGUGAAUGAGUCCUAGAACUUCAAAUUUAAUGGUAUUGUGUCAGUAAUUAUUGUCAGCAGUUUCUUGAUGCAUUUUUGAAGGUGAAUGGAUUGAUUUUAAUGAAUCUCUUCUAGGCAGUCUCUCCUGUUUUGGUCCAUGUUUAGGCAUUGUGACAAGCGCUUUGUCUUUCUUGGACGUAGCUUUGCGAGUGAAGCCGUCUCACUCGGUCUUGCCUCCUGAAUUCAAGCCAUAUUGUCUGGUUAGUGACCCAUGGCUGUGUGUGAUCGCUGCUUGUGUACCUCAAGGCUUUAUUUCCUUGAGCCUGUCGCAGAAGCCUGUGCCGCGAUUAGACGACAGCAUUGAUCAUUCCCCUCAGCAGGCUCAGACGACCUUCUGGUUUCAGAUAACCUUUUGGUCGUCACUUGGUUAUUGAUUUUCUUUGUGAAUGUUUUAUUAUAAGUUAAGAGUUGAGAGUUGAGGUGGAACUACAAUCAGAUCAUCUUUUGAUCUAGUUUGGAGCACUGUUGUCCAGGGUGGUGUGGGGGGGGGGGGUAGCGCUUUUAUCUGUCAGAGUGUGUCUUUCUCAAUGUUCUCUCUCUGUUGGCAGCUUCCUCGAAGUUCAGGACAUCCAGAAUAAUCUGGUUUGCUUUACUCUUGUCCCCAAAGACCAUUUCAGCACUGACGUUCUGAUUUUCAGAUUAAAUUAAGCAUCAGUUGUUGGACUCAGUUGUAACAGUCCUUUUAAAGUGUAUUGUUAUAAAGUAACCAUUGAAAAAUUCUAUUUUAUUAAUGGGGGGAAGAUAUUGUAUGUUGGAUAACGGGGACCGUUAAGCUGAGUUUUUAUUUGUCCAUCCCUGGAUUUUGCUUCAGACCCUGUGGAGUCUGUGUAAAGCGUCACAAGGCCACUUCCUGUACAGGAUUGUACAUGCAACAUGCACUCAAUGCCUGGCCCGCAUGUGGGGAUAUUUUGAUUUUUGACUUAGCUGUCAGAGACUUGACCGGCUGUUGUAUCGCAGCCGAAAGCAGAUGCACCUUUUAUUUGUGCAAUUGUACCGAGAGCUUUUUAGCUUUUUUUAGCUUUUGAGGUUUUUUUUCCAUUUAUUUCUGCUUUAGAUUGUGAAGUAGUUCAGAAAUAUUAACAUAUAAACUGUUGGUUAAAUUACCAUGGCUUCUGGAAAACAAUAAUGCCGCAUGCCUGUGACAUCAUGCCAUACGUCCCAACUGUCAUGCAUUCCAAAAAUUGGUUACGUGUCUCUCUCUUUCCAGCAGUGGAGCCGUGCCUUUCAUCCUGUUCAUUCACUGUUGCGGCGUAAGUACAAUAUGCUGAUCAGAAUCCACACAUUGUCUAUUUUUGUAGCUGCCCCCUAGUGGUGGGCCGACAGCAAAUAAACAGGAUGAAAUAAACAUGCCCUAGUACAUUCAUGCACUGUAAGCAAAUGGUGAAAUGAUACAAAGGCGUAACUAGAACGGUGAGCGUAUUUGUGUCGAGGGGCUGUGAUGAAUGUGACGUGGCUGACCGUCACUGAGAGGCACAAUGGAAACGUCGACUGUGGUCAUUUGGUAAAUGAAUUGUUUGUAAAAUGAAAAUUUAUUAAUUUGAUUUAUAAUUAUUUGUGACCUUUUUCAAAAAAUAAAUCUAAAUGUGAUUUUCA